UUAUCUUUCUUCAUCUCUGCGGCCCCCCUCCUCCUGAAUGGAGCUCUUUCUGUUCCUACGUUGGUAGACCGCAGUCCUAGUCGUAUUCAACGCGAUUUGGCCACGAUCGAGAGUAUCAUCGCCGGCAUUGACACCCAGGUGAAUGCUCUGGAUACAAAGAUCAAAGCUACUCCGCUUGAUCCAUCCGCAGUUCUUGAUCAAUCCAACACGCUCAUUCAAACCAUCACGGAUGGUACAACGACUGUUAAUGCUCAAGCCGUCCUGAGCCAGUCAGAGGCACUUGGUCUUGUGUCUCCUACUCAAACCCUGGCAACGGACACCAACACUACUAUCCAGAAUUUGAUUUCGAUUAAGGCGAGCAUUGACUCGGCUGGUUAUGGGUGUACCACUCUUCAAGCAUUGCAGGCUCAAUAUUCGGCUGCGGCGGACCUAUCUACUGCCAUAGUUUCAAAGGUUCCCUCUGCUUUGCAGUCCAUUGCACAGGAGCUGUCAGAUAGUAUUGCCGAAGCAGUCGAAGCCGGUGUUACUGCAUAUCAGGGAUCCUGUACAUCAACUACGACCACCGCUGCAACGGCAACAACUGCUACCAUCAGCACUACCAAGACUGAUACUACUACUGCUUCUACUACUCCUACUAUUGCUUCUACUACUGCUACUACUACCGAUUCUACUACGCCAACUACUACGCCAACUACUACCGCUUCUACUACUACCGCUACUACUGCUACUACUGCUACUACUACUGCUACUACUACUGCUACUACUACUGCUACUACU